AUGCUAUCCGCGCAGCUUCUCCUUCGUAUCACAGAAGGCCAUAUGCACCCCUCAAGCUUCACCGAUGCUGCUUUCCUGGUGGUACUGCGAUCAGAAAUCUUUGUCGCCAACCUCACACAACGGCCAGUAGGCAACUUAGCAGAUCACUGCAAUAUUGACACAUCGUUGGAACCGACGUCUGAAAGAAUAUGGGCACUUCGAGCAAUUGCUAAUGCCGCGAAAGCCACUGAUUUUGCUUACGGCAAGAGUACGGAGUCAUCGCAUUAUCAUUGGGAGACCCUGAUGCAAUACAUCGAUGGCUGGGAGCGUCUAUGCCCGAAAUCAUUCCUACCGAUCUAUUCGCAGGAUCAGAUCUCUCCGACGAAUCCAUUUCCGCAAAUUUACUACGCGAACGAUUAUCACAUUGCUGCCAGAUAA